AUGUCUCCUCCAAAGUAUUUUCCACUAAAGGUCUCCGGCGGGGGGAGGAUUGAUAUCCCAUCUGUGGGUUUUGGAACUUUUGCUGCAGACGGCCCAGGAUGGUGCAAAGAUGCCGUCCUUACAGCUCUCAAAUCAGGCUAUCGACACCUUGACUGUGCGUGGAUCUACGGCGUUGACGAAGAAAUCGGCCAAGCAAUCCGCGAAUCUGGCAUCCCACGGUCUGAGAUAUUUAUCACUAGCAAAGCAUGGCCUCACUUUUAUGCUCCUGAAAAUAUGGAGCUGAAUCUUGACCUUGUUCUAAAGCAGAUGGGAAUUGAUUACAUCGAUCUUUGGCUAGCUCAUUGGCCAUACGCUGCAAUGCCGAUCUCGAGAGAGGCUCUUGAGAAGGCGAGCCCUAAGCGUGAGGAGAGAGGUCAAUUGAUAGAGGACGGGAAGCCGGUUAAGGAUUGGGCGCAUACAUCCACAAAUAUCGCGAAACAAGCUGGAAAAGAAGGAUCUUUUGUUCCUACCUGGAAAGCAAUGGAAGAACUGGUGAAGAAAGGCAAAGCCCGUGCAAUUGGUCUUUCGAAUUUCUCUAUCGCCGAACUCGAAGCUAUUAUUCCUCAUGCCGAAAUCCCUAUUUCCUGCAAUCAGAUAGAAGUUCACCCAUGGCUGCCCCAAAAUGCCCUGGUUGAAUUCGGGAAGAACAACGGUAUUCUAACUACGUGCUUUUCGCCUUUUGCAGGCCAGAAAGCGGAUGGUUCAACGCUUUUGAGGGAUGAGAAUGUCUUGAAGUUGGCAGAGAAGAACGGAAUGGAUGUGGGACAGUUGCUACAAAGUUGGGCGGUUCAGAGAGGAACUCUCCCGUUAGGAAAAAGCUCAACUCCUUCUAGGAUCAAAUCCAAUUUGGACAUCAAGAAGUUGAGUGAUGAAGUUAUGAAAGAUCUGGACACAAUGGACAUUGGCGGUGCUGGACGUACAAUCGAUUAUACAGAGGCCUGGGGUGUUCCACUGUUCACAAAUUGA